AUGUACGACCUUACUGAUUGGUUGCCCGGAGAAGAAGCAAUUAUAGGUAAUAGCUUGUUGGUAAUAACACAAUUAUCUAAUCAUUUGGAAACCUUGAUUGCCAAUAAUGAUAUUAUUGAUGAACACACUGAUGAGGCUGAGGUACAAAAGAGGGCCAGGUUGUACUUUCUUUGGUUAAUUGGUGGCAAUAUAUUCCCUGAUAAUAGUGGUUCAAAGUUUAGUUUACACUUUUUGCUUGACAUAAUAGACCUUGAUGCAAUAGGCGGGAAAGCUUGGGGAGCAGCAGCAUUAUCAUACUUGUACAGUUGUUUAUGUCGUGCUUCGAUGGCCAAUAGUCGUGAUGUUUGUGAAUUUAUUGCUUUGUUGCAGGUUUGGGCUUGGGAGCGAAUAAUCCCGAUGCAGCCAUUACUUCGUCCCCCAAGAGUAAACGAACGAGAUAUUGUAUUUGCGCAGAAGUGGACUCGUCGUGGAGUUCGUGAAAGCGAUGCAUGA